AUGGCUGUCAUCUCUGUGUCCUCUUACUUCAUAAAGACUUUGGAUGACCUUUUCAACAAAACCUUUCGUUCUUUUGGAGUUUUGCCUAGAGAGCUAUGCGAAGACCGAUCCUUGGAUGACAUCGAUAAACAUGAUGACAGCCUCGCCCAACGAAAUGAAACCGAAGACACCGACAGGUAUCUUCAAAUGUUUUACAAAUUGAUUAUCGCUCCUGUGGCCAAUUUACUCACAGGGCCUGAAGUCAUCAUUGUUCCCGAGCGGUCUAUGUAUCGAGUCCCAUUUGCAGCGUUGCGUGAAGAGACUGGCAAGAAAUUUCUAACAGAGAAUUUAAGGAUCCGUAUCGCCCCUUCUUUGAUGACUCUGAAACUCAUUCAGGACAGUCCACCCAACUAUCACAGCCAGACCGGUGCAUUGAUAGUGGGCGAUCCCGUAGUUGGCGAGGUGUUGUACAGAGGAGCUCGGAAGAACAUCACAGAAUUGCCUUGUGCAAGAAAGGAAGCAGAAAUGGUUGGACAACUGAUGGGUGUUGAGCCUUUGAUAGGAGAGCGUGCAACAAAGCAGGCGGUACUCGACGGAAUAGACAAAGCGAGUCUGAUCCAUAUUGCCGCCCAUGGUAAUGCGGAAAGGGGACAAAUUGCCCUGGCUCCCAAUCGCACUACUGAGGGUACUGGUUUUCCGAAAGAAGAAGACUACCUUCUGACCAUGGAGGAUAUUUCACAAGUUCAACUGCGAGCUAAACUGGUAGUACUUAGCUGUUGUCACAGUGGCAAGGGUCAAAUCGGCUAUGAAGGCGUGGUUGGAAUAGCUCGUGCGUUCCUUGGAUCCGGUGCUCGCUCAGUGUUAGUUGCAGGGUGGGCCCUGGAGGAUAGGGCAACAGAACAACUCAUGAACCAAUUCUACAAACACCUUGCUGGUGGAGAAAGUGCCAGUGAAUCUCUACAUCAGGCCAUGAAGUGGAUGAGAAAUAAUAGGUUUACUAAAGUUUCCCAGUGGGCUCCUUUUAUGCUGAUUGGAGAUGACGUGAAAAUUGACUUCAAGGGUGAAGCAAAGAAGACCCCACCUGCUAAAGACUAAAAUGAGAAACAGUUGCACACAGGCCUGAAGAUUCAUGGCUGUCAUCUCUGUGUCCUCUUACUUCAUAAAGACUUUCUGUUGCCCAGUGAAGCAGGUGUAGCUUUUGGAUUGAACACAAUUUUUAAGCCUGAGGAAAUUCGAUUUUUUUCUUUCAAUUGUGCAAAUUAAGGAGUUCUUAGUUGUGAAGAUUUUAUGGAUACAAAAUAAGACAGACCUGGUUGCAUGAUGCAUUAAUUUUUCAGUCUUGUCAUGCAACACAUUCUCUCUGAAUGCAUUGUGCGAAAGAACAAACUUUGGUUGCAAAGGAAACUAGGAAUGAUGCUAUAAUAAGACAAAAUGUCAUGAUGACUUUUUCAUCAUUUUUUAGUAAAAAUAACAAAUAUCAGAAGUAUUUUUUUUUGUUUAUAAUGUAGGAAGGCAACAUGCCACUUUACCUACUUAAGUUAAUUUGAGGAUUAUUUCAGGAAAUGGCUCAAGGUUGCUGUUUACUAAUAGAAAUUAUUAAGGCAGUUGACAAGUAAAAGCUUUUACCUGAGAGAAGAAUUUGGAAGAGCUUUUCCUUUUGCCAUAGACUGACUGUUUGAUUUUGAAGAAGCUUCAUAAGUAAGCUCAAGGUGUCUUAGCUUCAGAGUGUUUUUUGUAAGUUUUUUCUCCCAAGAGCUAGAGGAUGUAUAUAGUUUCUGAACACAAAUUUUUAACAAGACUGAACUUGUAGGUUUUGUGUUUGACUGGGAAGAGCAACUUGGAGCUGUUGCAUUUUUCCUCAUCCUUUUCCUUUUGUGCACCAAUUUUUUUUUUCUCAUAUAGUAUAAAGAGAUUAUGUAUUAAUUAUCUUAUGGGAAGGCAGAUUUAGAAGUUCUCUUCCCAUUUGCGGAAAUUACUUGCAUGUUUAAAUAUUGUAGUUGUUUUCAGUGAAUAUGUAAGUUAUAAUCGUGAUCCUGUAUAACUGCGAAUUCUUUCGUGGGAAAUCAGAUUUAGAAGGUCUCAACCCAUACCCAGAAUUAGUUGCAUGUUUAAAGCAUUCCUUAGAAGGGUGCAUGUGUAGGUGUUUUACUUUAAAAAAAGAUUGGAUGGGUGGGGUGGGGGGGGGAGGGUGAGGCUAUUGCCUUCCUCUCCGCAUCCUUUUCACCCUGUGUACAUAUUGUUUUUAGUCAAUUAGCUUAUAGUGAUUAUGUACCAAUUCUCUGAUGGGAAAGCAGAUUGAGAAGGGCUUUACCCACUUGUAGAAAUUACUUUCAUGUUUAAAGUGUUUCAAUGGUGCAUGCCUAAAUGUUAAUCAGCAUAUAGUAAUUAUGUAAUGAUUCUCUUAUGGGAAAGCAGAUUUAGAAUGUCUCCACCCAUUUGCAGAAAUUACUACCAUGUUUAAUGUGUUUCAAUGAUGCAUCCCUAAGUCAUCUACAGGAAACAACCCCCUGAUCCUUGUUGCCUUGUGCACCAGUUGCUUUUAGUGAAUCUGUAUACUAAGUUAUAGUGAUCAUGUAUUACUAGGAAUUCUCCCAUGGGAAAGCAGAUUAAGGUCUCAACCCAUUUGCAGAAAUUAUUUGCCUAAUCAAAGUAUUUUCAGGGUGCAUGCCUAAGUGUUUAACCUUAAAAAAAAGUUGGUGGGGGAAGGGGAGGGGAAGGGUGUGGCUAUUACGUUCCCCACCCACACUUUUCACCAAGUGUACUUAUAGCUUUCAGUUGAUUUGUAUAUGGUGAUCAUGUAUUGGCAAUUCCCUUAUGGAAAGCAGAUUUAGGUCUCUUCCCAUUUGAAGAAAUCACUCGUAUGGUCACAUGUACUAGGCGUGUUAAAUAUUUUGUAUUAAACAUUGGCCAUCAAGCCUUGAUCUUUGGUUUAUCUUGCAUUUCACAAUUGAAUGUUUUCUCCCAUGAAGAAAAGCUGAGGCUAAAAAAAUGGAUAAAAACCCACAGCACUGUGAAUUUUACUGUACAAGGACUGUUUAAAAGGUAACCCCACUUUUAUUUCUAAUUAGAUUGGCCCUCUUCUUAGAUGAAGGCAUUGCUUAAGCAUGCUCAAGUAUACUGGCACUAGUAAAAACAAGGACUAAUACACCUUUGCCAUUGGGUCAAUGCACUGACCAAGUUACUCUCUCACAUUCUAGUUUAUCCUUUAACCCUGACUUCUGUAUGUAUAUCUUCCAUGUUCUCCUUACAUUCUCUGGGAGACUGACUUGAAGAAUUUCUUAAAGGAUCAAGAGCCAGGGCACUUUGAAACGUGGGUGGGUUAUUUUUCACCCAGUCAUAUGUGUACCCCCACUCAAAUUUUCCAAAAUACUCUCUGCCUUGUUUGUUGGCACAAGAAAACCUCUUUGCAAUCUUUACUGUUUUGAGUGCGAAAUUAAUGAUUUGUGGCCUUCUCUUACUUUCUCUAGCACAGUCAAAACCUUUAAGCCUAGCAUUCAAUUGGGUUCCUGUAGACAAAAUUGACUUGUCCUAUAUCCUAUCUUGUUUAAUGGAAAGCUGUUGCAGUUGAUAAACUUCUCGCACACAGGCCAGAGCUGUUCAAAAGAAGUUUUAAAACUAAUUUGCGAGGCAUGAUGCUGAUAAAAUUAUUUUAAAAAAUCACAAGUUGAAUGUCUUGCCAAUGUUUACGCUGUGCUAGAGAUAUUCUUGAUACCAAAAGGUGGGGCUGAGUCCCCCCAAAUAUUAGCAUAUGAGAGUUUCUUUAAAUGGAGAUUGUUUCCCUAAUUCUCAAGACCCUGAUGUUUAAUUCCACAGUGAUAUUGUGAGGAAAAACUGGAUGCUACACACUUAUCAGUUAAAGGGUUAAUCAUGACUGCCUGGGAGACCUUGACUUUCUCCCCAAUUAUGAUGGAUGCCAGUCAUGAAAUCGAAUAUUGUAUUGAACAAGUCAUGGCUUAACAUUUACAGGAAUUUAAAACCUUUCAGUUAAAGAUACAAAAUUACUUUAUAGUGCUGUGUUACUCAAUGGAGUUGAUUUUAUCAUUUACAAAUGAAACAAAAUGCUAAAAGGGACAAUGAAAUGAAAAUAAUAAAAGAAAAUGCAUUGAAGCAUAAAAAAUGGCGAGUGAUCUUAUGGUGAUUGGUUUAAAGAGGCAUCUCAUAGGUCAAGAGGAUAGAGCAAAUUAUGAAGACUACUCAUGGAGCAGAGUUAGACAAAAAGAAAUUAAAUUCUGGAUUGCUUUUGACACUCAAUUGGAAGUUGUUCUAAUCACAACGCUUCUAACAGUUUAAUUCUUGACAGGUGCUUCUCCCAGGUAAAUCUUGUUUUGAUUCGUUAAAAAGUUCGCAGUGCAUCAAUGCUUUUGCAAAGCAAUAUGUAUGCUCAUUACGGCUGAUAUUACCUUGUAACUAAGUCAAGUAAAAUGUACAAAGAUUAUUCAAUUCUAAUGUAUUGAGUAUCAUGAAGCCAUGGAGAUGAAAGUUUUAACGGAGCAAUAUCAAAGAAGACUCCUUUCUAAUCCCUAGCUUUGCAAGUUGUAUUCAGUAGUGAAAUAAACUUUGUGCAUUUUCAUGGCUUAGAUCAACACAACAAAAGUUGGUUCAAGACUGAAUUUAUGGACUAGCUCUAUGUCUUAACUCUUGUAACAUGCAAAGCUUCAUUACAACGGUAAUUUGAUUGAAAUCAAAAGAACAAAGCAAGAAAAACACAACAUACAUAUCCCUGGAAAUUCCAAUACAAUUUAUAGGAUUGCCAUUUAAGAAGAAGCUAUUAUGUUUAUUAUAAACAGCAAACAUCUGCAAACCUAAUGCAUAGUGGAUUCAUGAUGGAAAAAGGUUGAGUUCCAGAAAAAUUCCAAGCAGUAACAAUUACUUCAUGUGAACACUGCAAUGUAAUCAUGUACUGAACGAAAAAAGGAGAGUAAAAUGAAAAAAAA